AUCACCAUAAAAUUACACAGACGUUUUCAUACUGACUGGACAUGUGUAGAUCAAAGAGGUCGAGGCCGAAAUGGCCCGUACCCAGAAGAAUAAGGCUACAUCAUACCAUUUAGGACAGCUGAAGGCCAAGCUAGCGAAGCUCAAGAGGGAGUUGCUUGAGCCCAGCGGCGGUGGCGGCGGUGCCGGUGUUGGUUUCGAUGUCGCAAGAACUGGUGUCGCCAGUGUUGGAUUCAUUGGUUUCCCCUCCGUGGGAAAGAGUACACUUAUGAGCAAAUUGACCGGUCAACACUCCGAGGCCGCCGCAUACGAAUUCACAACCCUCACAACCGUCCCGGGUCAGGUCAUGUACAACGGCGCAAAGAUCCAGAUUCUCGAUCUUCCCGGUAUCAUCCAGGGUGCGAAGGACGGAAAGGGUCGUGGUCGUCAGGUUAUUGCAGUCGCAAAGACCUGCCAUUUGAUCUUCAUUGUGCUGGACGUCAACAAGCCCUUAACCGACAAGCGCGUCAUUGAGAACGAACUGGAAGGUUUCGGAAUUCGAAUCAACAAGAGCCCGCCGAACAUUGUACUCAAGAAGAAGGACAAGGGUGGUAUCAACAUUACCUCUACGGUACCCCUGACGCACAUCGACCACGACGAAAUCAAGGCUGUCAUGAGCGAAUACCGUAUGGCAAACGCCGAUAUUGCGAUUCGAUGCGACGCAACCGUUGAUGACCUUAUUGAUGUCAUUGAAGCGAAAAGCCGAAGCUAUAUUCCCGUUAUAUACGCGCUCAACAAAAUUGACGCCAUUUCGAUCGAAGAGCUGGAUCUAAUCUACCGAAUCCCUAACGCGUGUCCUAUCAGUUCUGAGCACGGUUGGAACAUCGACGAACUGUUGGAGCAGAUGUGGGAGAAGCUCACCUUGGUCCGUGUGUAUACCAAGCCGAAGGGCAGGAUGCCUGACUACACAGCUCCUGUCGUUCUGAGGUCUUCAGCUUGCACAGUCGAAGACUUUUGUCACUCCAUCCACAAGACCAUUGUAGAACAGUUUAAGCACGCCAUUGUGUAUGGCAAAUCGGUCAAGCAUCAGCCCCAGCGUGUCGGCUUGUCGCACGAGCUUGCCGACGAAGACAUCGUAACCAUUGUCAAGAAGUAAAUUGCAGAUCGCGAAAUACACCCGCGACCCUUAGGCCGUCUUCCCCUCGCAGUAGAAUGGGAUCUGAGCAAUGAGUG